UGCAACUCUGCAGCUAGGAACAACCUGUCUUCACUCCACUUUUUACACUAGCCGGAACAUCAUGGCGGAACAACAACAGCACAGCAACAACAAUCACUUCCCGAUCUUAUUCUCCUUUUCCGUCUUCUCUCGGCCCUCAUCAUUGCCUGUCGGUUCGGGCUACGAGGUUCUGAUCCAAAAGUUCUUGUCCCUGUAUGGAGAUCAAAUCGACAUUCACCGGAAGUUUGUUAUUCAGCUUUUUUCAGAAGAAUGGGGGCAGUACAUUGAUUUACCGAAAAGCUUUGUAGUGGCAGAAAAAUGCAAACUACGAUUGGUUCCUCUGCAAAUGACAAUGACUCCACUUGGCAAUCUCACUCCAGCAACCACUGUAUUUUUUUGCUGUGAUAUGCAGGAAAGAUUCAGACCAGCUAUCAAAUACUUUGGGGAUAUUAUCAGUGUCGGGCAACGACUGCUUCAGGGGGCUCGCAUAUUGGGAAUUCCAGUUAUUGUUUCUGAACAGUACCCUAAAGGAUUGGGGAGCACAGUUCAAGAACUGGACCUAACAGGGGUGAAGCUUGUGAUCCCCAAGACCAAGUUUUCUAUGGUUUUACCUGAAGUUGAAUCAGCACUUGCAGAAAUUCCAGGAGUCCGCAGUGUUGUCUUGUUUGGGGUUGAAACCCAUGUAUGUAUCCAGCAAACAGCACUGGAUUUGAUUGGAAGGGGGUUGGAAGUUCACAUAGUAGCCGAUUCAACUUCUUCCAGAAGUAUGAUGGACAGAGUGUUUGCAUUGGAGCGUCUUGCUCGCACUGGGAUAAUAGUGACCACGAGUGAAUCUAUACUUCUGCAGCUUGUGUCUGACAAAGACCACCCCAAAUUCAAAGAGAUUCAGAAUAUUAUCAAGGCGAGUGCUCCUGAGUCAGGGCUGCUUUCCAAGGUCUAACAAGAUAAUCAUUGGUGAGAAAAGGAAGUGGUUCCAUUGCGUCGUGAUUUAAAUAAAUAAAUAAAUACAUUUUAAAAAAGGCACCAGAAUUAUCACAGGCUUUCUCGUCAGGUUCAAGGUAUAAAGCAUGUACACCUUUCUUGCAAAAGAUGUGCUGAUGUGUUUUGUGUAAUCACAUCAGUGUUGUUAAAUGGUAAUACCCCUCAGAACUGUAGCGUUUCUGUGUGGUAAAAAUGUAAUGUUGUAGGAAAAGGAGGUGCCUACAGUAACUAUUCACAGUCUGCAUUGAUAGAGGUGCCUACAGUAACUAUUCACAGUCUGCAUUGAUAGAGGUGCCUACAGUAACUAUUCACAGUCUGCAUUGAUAGAGGUGCCUACAGUAACUAUUCACAGUCUGCAUUGAUAGAGGUGCCUACAGUAACUAUUCACAGUCUGCAUUGAUAGAGGUGCCUACAGUAACUAUUCACAGUCUGCAUUGAUAGAGGUGCCUACAGUAACUAUUCACAGUCUGCAUUGAUAGAUGUGCCUACAGUAACUAUUCACAGUCUGCAUUGAUAGAGGUGCCUACAGUAACUAUUCACAGUCUGCAUUGAUAGAGGUGCCUACAGUAACUAUUCACAGUCUGCAUUGAUAGAGGUGCCUACAGUAACUAUUCACAGUCUGCAUUGAUAGAGGUGCCUACAGUAACUAUUCACAGUCUGCAUUGAUUGUAAAACGAAGGUACUUUUUGUGGAGCCUCUUGUGUUAAUCUUGAUAUCUUUAUUUCAACAGAUGUAGUCUAAAUAGUUAUAAAUUCAUGCAUAUUUUAUUUUAAAUAACAAGUAUUUUGUCUGUCUGUCAAUCAAAUGAUCAGUGUAUCUAUCCCUCUAACAGGACAUAAAUUGAGUUCUCUAA